AUGGAAGAUACUGAUGACAUUGAGGAUGAUGAUAACUCUAAUGUUGACGAUGACUGGUAUAAUUAUGAUGAUGACUAUAGUCGUUAUGAUGGUUAUGACGACUGGUAUAAUUAUGAAGAUGACGAUGAAGAAGAAGGUGGAGGCUUUGGUGGCAGUGCUGGACUAGGUGGUGGAUGGUUCGGUGGUGGUGGCAAACUUGGUGGCCUUGGCGGUAGCUUUGGUGGUGGAGCUGGUGUAGGAGGUUGGCUAGGUGGAGGUGGCAGUCGUGGUUUUCGUGGAGGCGGUGGGCUCAGUGGCCUAGGCGGAGGAUUUGGUGGUGGUGCUGGUGGAGGACUUGGCGGGGGGCUUCCUUGA